GGCCCUUCCUCUUUGUUCUCACAAAGCUGUGACCUUUCCAUAAAUACAAUCCCGAUCCUGCCAUUUCAGACAUGGAUGUCAUCAAGGGCAGCCACCAGCAUUUUGGGUAAAAACUUUUCUUUAAAUUUUCUAACAGUUACUGCAACCAUAUCUUACUCUUCAGCCUGAUGUCAAAAGCAAAAAUUCAGAAGUUCCUCAUCAAUCAGGAGUCCUUGGGAGCAGGUGAAGCUCACCUAAGUAGGCAUUCCUGUGAUGUGGCUGUUUUUAACAAUAGUUUGUUUGAUUUGUGGAACAUUAAAUGCUGGUGGAUUCUUGAAUUUGGAAAAUGAAGUGAAUCCUGAAGUGUGGAUGAACACUAGUGAAAUCAUCACCUACAAUGGCUACCCCAGCGAAGAGUAUGAAGUCACCACUGCAGAUGGGUACAUACUCAGCAUCAACAGGAUUCCCUGUGGAAGACGGCAUGCUAGGAGCACAGGUCCCCGGCCAGUUGUGUACUUGCAGCAUGCCCUGUUUUCAGACACUGCCUACUGGCUUGAGAAUUAUGCCAAUGGAAGCCUUGGAUUCCUUCUAGCAGAUGCAGGUUACGACGUAUGGAUGGGAAAUAGUCGGGGGAACACUUGGUCAAGAAGACACAAAACACUCUCAGAAAAUGAAGAGAAAUUCUGGGCCUUUAGUUUUGAUGAAAUGGCCAAAUACGACCUCCCAGGAAUAAUAGAUUUCAUUGUGAAUAAAACUGGUCAGGAAAAGUUGUAUUUCAUUGGACAUUCACUCGGCACUACCAUAGGAUUUGUAGCCUUUUCCACCAUGCCCGAACUGGCACAAAGAAUCAAAAUGAAUUUUGCCCUGAGUCCUGUGAUCUCAUUCAGAUACCCCACAAGCAUUUUUACCAGUUUUUUUCUACUUCCAAAUUCCAUAAUCAAGGCUAUGUUUGGUACUAAAGGUUUCUUUUUAGAAGAUAAGACCAAGAAGACACCUUCUACCAAAAUCUGCAACAAUAAAAUACUCUGGGUGAUAUGUAGUGAAUUUAUGUCCUUAUGGGCUGGAUACAACAAGAAAAAUAUGAAUGUGAGUCGAAUGGAUGUGUAUCUAUCCCAUGCUCCCACUGGAUCAUCAAUACAGAACAUAUUGCAUUUAAAACAGCUUUACCGAUCUGAAGAAUUCAGAGCCUAUGAUUGGGGAAGUGAAGCUGAAAAUAUGCUUCAUUAUAAUCAGAGUCGUCCUCCACUGUAUGACUUGACUGCCAUGAAAGUGCCCACUGCUAUUUGGGCUGGUGGACAUGACAUGCUUAUAACGCCAAAGGACAUUGACAGGAUACUCCCCCAAAUUAGGAAUCUUCGUUACUACAAACUAUUGCCAGAGUGGAACCACUUUGAUUUCAUCUGGGGCCUCGAUGCCCCGCAACGGGUGUACAAUAAGAUCAUAGCUUUGAUGAAAGAAUAUCUCUAAAUCUAAUGCAUCUACUUUUCAGUUCAAAAUUUCUUCUAAGCCCCCAAGAAGCCUUAGGAGAAAUACUAAUGAACAGUGAGAUCGCCCCCACCACCCUUGCUGCUAUUGCCAAGGUGUUCCCUUAUCUGGGCAUCCCAACUAGGGAUUACUUAAACUGCGCCACUCUUUUCUUUAAGAGGUGUUUGCACCUGAAAUCUCAGGAUCCUACCCUCUUAGACAGGACUAAGGUCUCUUUUUAAUCCAAGAUGAUCUAGUAAGCACGUCUCUAUUAAAUGUACAAUUGAGAGACUAGGUGAAAAGGAGUUUCUUUGCCCUACACUUCAUGCAAACAAUAACUCACCACCUCCCUAUACCCUUUUUCAAUGGAUUAAAUGGAAGCAGAGAAGCAUUGGCUGGAGAGAAAGUCUUCAUCAGGAAAGCCAUUUAGGAAUAUAUCUGUGGCUGUGACCUUAUGGUUUUCCUGAAGCCACAAUUGGGCCAAUAGUCAUUAUAGUCGUCAUCUAUACACAAGUCCUGAAAUAAAUUGGCCCAUAUCAAUAAGCCUGAUGGAAAUGGCAGAAUGAAAAACUAAUAAAAUUUAAGUUUUCCAGGAGCUUGUUAUACUGUAACAAGCUAGAAGGGAAAAGACUGAGAUAAGCUGAAUGAUUAAUUACUAAACUUAUUCACUAUAGGCCAUUGCCUCUGAAACAAAAUCAAACUAAUACAUUAGUCUUAUAAUAGUGUGUUAGAGAUCCCUGGCAGAAGACAAAUCUUAGAAAUGAUUUGCUCUAAGGAGAAACUAGGCUGAUCAGCUACUAUGUCUUCAGGAUCAAAAUGGAAUUUAUACUAAUUUAUUUGUAAAUAGCAUUCAUACUGGGGCUGGGUUGUGGUUCAGAGGUAGAGCAUUGGCCUACCAUGUGUGAGGCACUGGGUUCGAUCCUUAGCACCACAUAAAAAUAAAAUAAAGAUAAUGUGUCUACCUAUAACUAAAAAAUAAAUUUUAAAAAAUUGAAUUUAUAUUGCACAAUUUAUAACAUUGAAAGCAGCUCCCAGAAAGCCUGAUUUAGAAUGAGCAAAGGAAACUCACAGACAGCUCCAUAAUAGUCUCUAUAAAAGGCUGGACACUGGUUCCAGAAUUUUAUAGAAAGCUCAGUGUGUAGCAUGAAGUUUUACUGUUAGUUCCUGUAAUCCUGAAUGAUGUGAACUCAAGAGUCUUUACCAGUAGUGAAGAUGUAACUCAGAACUAUUCAUGUUCCUUAGGAAAUCAUUAAAAAAAGUGAUACAUAUUCAUACUCUUGGUAAUUUAUUUUUACUUAAAACAAGAAAAUGUAAAUUAGCACACUAAUUAAUGUUUACUUACAGGACCAAGGGCUUUCUAU